GAAGUCUCCUACAUAAAAAACAGAAUGGGAAGCUUGAAAUCUUUAUUCCUAUUCUGUAGGAAUUAUCCUAAUCACUCUGCUGAACUCUUAUUUGUACUUAUGUCUAUAUAGUUAUGUUUAUAUUAUUACUGACUAUAAAUAUCCAUCAUAUAGGUCAUAUUAGAACUAACAACAAUGUCUGAAGGUAACUGGGGUCACCUGGACAAGAACCAAAUCCAGCGUCUUGAAGAGAUGUUAAUUGUUGUUGAUGAAAAUGAUCAAGUGAUUGGUGCUGAGACCAAGAUGAACUGCCAUUUGAAUAAAAACAUUGAAAAAGGGUUAUUGCACCGUGGUUUCUCUGUAGUCUUGUUUUCUACAGAAAAUAAACUUCUACUGCAAAAGAGAGCAGAUACUAAAUAUACUUUUCCAGGGAGUUUUUCAGACAGUUGUUCGAGUCAUCCACUAUAUAACCCAUUAGAAAUGGAAGAAAGGGAUGCAAUUGGAGUAAAACGGGCUGCUCAGCGCCGUUUACAUGCUGAAUUAGGAAUCCCCUUGGAGCAGCUUUCCCUUGAUGAUAUUACCUUUGUGUCAAGAAUGCAUUACAAACUUCAGUCAGAUGAGAUCUGGGGAGAACAUGAAAUUGGUUACCUUCUCUUUGUAAGGAAGGAUGUCACUUUGAUGCCAGAUGCUGCAGAAGUAAAGGACUGUAUUUAUGUGACAAAAGAAGAACUAGAAGAUCUUCUGAAACAAGAAGCCAAAAACAAAGUAAAAUUUUCUGGAUGGUUUCAUAUCAUUGCAAAGUUUUUUCUGUUUGAGGUAUGGGAUAACUUAAAUGAUUUGAACAAAUUUCUUAAACCUGACAAGAUAUACAGAAUCUAAAAAUAUGUCUGAUUAGAAAGUUAGAAAAUGUCAUUUGACUAAAAAAAUGGUAUUAAAUACAGUCAACUUUUGGAGAUGUUCAUUUAUCAGAAAAAGGCCUGGCUUUGGGACAGUUGAUAAAUCACUUAACACCAAUUCCUUAGCCCUUACCACUCUUUUGCCUUGGAACUAUUACUUAGUAUUGAUUCUAAGAAAGAAAAAAAGAGUUGUGAAUUAUGUUUCUAUUGGAACCCCACUUUGCUAUAUGUCAAUCAAAGAGGGCAUGGCCACUCUUCACAUCUUUUCAAUUCGACACAAUUUAUCAAAUAUUAAUUAUAUGCAAGACCUUUCAUCAGUCUUUGAGAAAAAGUACUACUCAUAUUUUGUGAGGUCUAUACUGUCCUGGUAUACUGUGUAAUAUAAUGCAUAUAUUAUACUGUAUUGCAAGGGGUUUAAUAGGAAAAUAAAAAAGGAAGCUCUUGGAAGAUACUGCAAACCACCUGACUAGGAUGAGUCUGAAAUAGAAAUGUUAAAUGGAAUUUGGGAAACUGAACAUCAAUUAAAGAUCCUUUUAGGAAAUUAACUUUUACUUCUUGCAACAGAGAUAGGUUUAAACAAAUUGGAUAGGAGUGUUAUUCUGAAUAGUGUUAAUUUUGGAAAAUAAUUAUUUUUAAAAUGAUUCUAUUUCCAAACAAAUCUGUACUAAUAUCACAAAUCAUGUAGUAUUUAGCAUGGAUGAAAACAUCAAUAAAAGCAUAAACAUAUACUGUGUUCUUUUUAAAUUUGAAUUUAUUUGUUUGUUACAUUAAAAUAUCCAGUUAUUUCCCUUGCACUCUCCCCUCCUUUUAGAAAAGGCAUCAUUUGACUGACAAAAAGAUUUAUGUGUAUACAAAACUAUGUCCUAUUUAUUUCUAUUUAUCAGUCUUUCUCUGGAG